AUGCGCGGCCUUACAGGAUCUCUUGAAGAAGCUGGUCCCUUUUCAGUUCCUCCCAGAGAUGGGGGGGAGCUGUUAGUUUCGCCAGCAGCUGCAGAGCAGCGGGGGUGGCCCAUGGACCUGCCAGAGAGCCAGGCGGGCGGCCCCGCUGCCGAAAUGUACCUCUGGGACCAGCCAGAGGGGGGGAGCCUGGGGACGGGGACGCUGCUCAGCUUAGAGGAACAAAUACUCAACUCCACGUUUGAAGCUUGUGACCCCCAGAGGACAGGCACUGUGGCUGUGACCCAUGUACUAGCCUACCUGGAGGCUGUGACGGGACGGGGCCCCCAGGAUGCACGCCUCCAAACACUGGCCUGCAGCCUGGACCCCAAUGGGGAGGGCCCUCAGGCCACUGUGGACUUGGACACCUUCCUGGUCAUCAUGCGGGACUGGAUUGCUGCCUGUCAACUGGAUGGGGGAUUAGAGCUGGAAGAGGAGACCGCCUUUGAGGGAGCCUUGACCUCCCAGCAACUGCCAUCUGGACGCUCGGAAGCUGAGGAUCCAGCCAACCUGGAGAGCUUCGGAGGCGAAGACCCCAGACCUGAGCUGUCCGCCACAGCCGACCUGCUGAGCAGCCUGGAGGACUUGGAGCUCAGCAACCGCCGGCUGGCCGGGGAGAACGCCAAACUGCAGCGCAGUGUGGAGACAGCCGAGGAGGGUUCCCUGCGCCUUGGGGAGGAGAUUUUGGCUUUGCGCAAGCAGCUCCGCAGUACCCAACAGGCUCUGCAGUUUGCCAAGGCCGUGGAUGAGGAACUGGAGGACCUGAAGACUCUGGCCAAGAGCCUGGAGGAACAGAAUCGCGGCCUUCUGGCCCAAGCCCGGCAGACGGAAAAGGAGCAGCAGCAGCUGGCGGCUGAGAUAGAGAGUCUGCAGGAGGAGAACGGGAAGCUGCUGGCCGAGCGGGAUGGAGUGAAGAGGAGGAGUGAGGAGCUGGCCACGGAGAAAGAUGCUUUGAAGGUGCCACCCCUCCCUAGCACCUUGACAACUUCCUACCACCCCAAGGCCAUUUUUAUCACCAGUUUCAGCCCCUGUGGUCUGCGGCAGCUCUACGAGUGUGAACGCCUCAUUUGCCAGCGAGACGCCAUCCUCUCCGAGCGUACUCGCCACGCGGAGAGUCUGGCCAAGACCUUGGAGGAGUACAGAACCACAACCCAGGAACUGAGGCUGGAAAUCUCACACCUGGAGGAGCAGCUGAGUCAGACCCAUGAGGGGCUGGAUGAGCGUGGAGGCAGCCUUCCCCGUCCUGACUGUGUGGACAGGCUACCCGAAGGGGCUCAGGUGAGGAGAGUGGACUGGACCAAGCUGCCACCACCGUCGCUGGGUGUGGAGAUCCAGGCCAUUCGGCAGAAACAAGAAGUGGCAGCCGCCGAUCUCUCCAACCCUUUGUGUGGCGUGUGGCAGUGGGAGGAGGUCAUCAAUGAGACCAAUGAGGAAGCUGAGUUUCCACCUGAAGCCCCAACUGGGGGGCAGAGAAACUUCCAGGGAGAGCCUGCGUACGCUCAUGCAGGAAGGAAGGAGCGAUCAAUGUGGUUGCCCAGAAGAGAGAAAGAAGAGGAAGCAGAGAUCCGGGUCACGGUGGAUCUCCCCAUCCCUCUGGGAGACUCACACCCUGGAGACAUCCCGGGAAGCCCUCCCGAGAGCAGGCCCUCAGAGCCGGAGCUGCAGCAAGCCCUGGUGCCGGUGGUGAAGGAGCUGGUCCCAGUCAGGAGGCCAGUCUGGGGCCACCUCUGCCUGCGCCUCCUGCACCCCCAGCAGCUCAGAGUCACUCGGCACCCGCUGAUCCCGGCGCCGGUCCUGGGCCUGCUGCUGCUGCUGCUGCUGCUGCUGCUCUCGGUCCGGCUGCUGGGCCAGUCCCCGCCCCCCGCCUGGCCCCACCUCCAGCUCUGCUACCUCCAGCCGCCCCCGGUGUGA